UAAAUGACCCGCGCUGUAAGAGCCAUGUGCUACCCACUGCAUAUAUCUCAGGCCUCUCAGCUGGCUUCAAAGACGUGCUUCUGGUAAAGUUUAUAUUCGUGACGGGAUUUUGAGAAUCACAAGUUAAUCCUUUGGGGCCGACCUCUUUGACAAAUUUAAUCUGGAAUUUCUGAGGACUGGCUGGCCGCGCAAGACUGGGAAAGAGAUAGUUACUUCAAUACUUGUUCUUCAAAAGACGUGUUUCAAGAUAGAGAUUAUAUAAACCUGAGAAAAAUACUUCCUUUUUAAUCUCCUUGUCUGUCUGUCACAGACAAGUCAGCAAAAAAGCAUGCUCACAUAUCUCCUCAUUACUGCAGUUCGAAACCGCUGGCUACAUUAAUAAUAAAUCAGAAUCUCUAAAAAUUCAGCGCGUAUCAGGAGGCAAGACGGAAUUCUAGCGUUAGGUGAAGCAGCAUUGAUCGUGCAGCUGCAAAGCAUUGGUAAAUAUUACCCGGUGAAAGCUGUAUUUGUCAUGGAUGUCACUAUUAUACCGUCCGGGAGAUCCUCGCUACAAGACUCGCUAAGGAACAGGAGACUUGACAACGACAGAGACAAUCUAUUCCACGAGUUUUGUCGUUCAAGGGAAGGGAAUUUAUCGACUACAGAUGUUUUUACUAGAGCGUUCGGAGCGAGGAGGUCAGUUAAUCCACAAGAGUUUGAAACAAGACGGGAGACCGUGCCAGCGACUCGAGGAAGCAAAGAGGAAAGGCCGGAAUACGCAAGCCUGGCAGAUAUCUACGAAGGAGCGCUGCGAAAAGUACUCAAUAUACAACUCAAUCUAAAAAUAGACGAGCAGCCAAAACCACUCGAUGAAAACGACUUCACAACAAACAAAAUGUCCCCACCGCGGCCCAAAGCUCUUCGUUUGGAGGACCUCAAACAGAGGGACGUCAUCAGACAUCGCGAGAGAGCACCCGAUGAAAAUGAUCCCAGGUCAUUUCCUCAAGGCCACACAAAUCUGCGCCAACUAGGGGAACGCAAUUCGGAAGGGUCUGCAUUUCAUGUCCCUCCUAAGCGACGCUUCGAUGCAUUUCCGCCCCCAUUAGAUAGGGACCCUGGGUACCCAAGGGACCGCUUUGGAAUGGUGCCCUCUCAUCGCUUUCACUCGCACGUCACUCCGUUUGGAAUGGACCCUACUCGAAACCCGAGACUAGCAGUACCCUACGGAUAUGGUCCCCGAGGCGGGACUACACAGGAAACCUACUCACGAUACUCUAGCCACCAAAGAGAAAUUCCACCGCUGUUCCCAGUCCGCUGCUCAUCAAAAGAACGCGAGGAGCUCCUGUUAUCGCAGAGAAAAGAACAAGAGCAUAAGGAGCAAAAAAGCCCGGAUGUGAAAAGAAGCCCGGAUGUGAGGAGAACCCCGGAUGAUGCCCGUGCCCAUAAGAGCCCGGAUGUUCCACGUAGAAGCCCGGAUGUACCAAAUCGUUACAACGGUGUUCACGAAAAAUCCCCGUGGAGGGAUGGGGAGGAGCGCAAAAUUGUCAUCAAAUCAGAGCGCGAGGAUGUCUCUUACGAAAAACUGAACUUGGAAGAAAAAUUCAAUAGUGCAAAUGAUCGUAUCACUUCGCUCAUGCGCUCGGGAUCGGUCGGGAAGGUCUUGGAUAGGCGAUCUCCGUUCUCUCUUCGGUUCAGGCCCUACGGCUCCCGCGUCAAAUACUCCCCAGGACUGACCAAUGGGAAUUCUGAAAGCUUGGACGCGGAACGAAACGUGAAAAAGGAAGUUAGCAAAACAGGCGAGGAGGGAGAUAAAGAGGAAUUUCUUUCUAGUCUUGGGCUUGCUAGAAUCGCUAAAUGAUGCACAUGUAAUCCUUAUAAUAUAAUAUGGCAAAAAAUAGGAUCAUGUUGAACUUUGAUUUUGAUAAGAAAAAUGGCAACUCACCUUUCCCAGCAUGCAUUGAUGCAUUGUGUUUUUACCCAUUAGCCACUGCGCGUUAAUAGACGUGUUCGGAAAUCAUUUAAAAAAUAAGUGUAUAACCACAAAAAUUAAACCAUUUAAAUUUGGCUAUUGAAUCAUGGGUAGGCUGACACGCCCGCUAACAACGCAUCAUGGGUAGGCUGACACGCCCUCAAGCAAUGCAUCAUGGGUAGGCUGACACGCCCGCUAACAACGCAUCAUGGGUAGGCUGACACGCCCGCUAACAAUGCAUCAUGGGUAGGCUGACACGCCCGCAAGCAAUGCAUCAUGGGUAAGCUGACACGCCCGCUAACAACGCAUCAUGGGUAAGCUGACACGCCCUUAAGCAAUGCAUCAUGGGUAGGCUGACACGCCCGCUAACAACGCAUCAUGGGUAGGCUGACACGCCCGCAAGCAAUGCAUCAUGGGUAGGCUGACACGCCCGCAAGCAAUGCAUCAUGGGUAAGCUGAUACGCCCUUCUAAAAGAGUUUAAGCCAAGCCCUAUAAAAAUGAUUCCUACCUGCCUGCCUAUCCCAAUUAGGUUAAUUUCGAUAUUCCUACAUAAUUCAGCAAGUAUAGUGUACCCUACUUAGCCUUGUCAAAAUAAUUAUGUCUGUUGAGUAAGCGUAACAUAAAAUGAUCGUAUGCUUAUUUUGCAUUAUUCCAUAAAUUAUCUCGUAGAUAUUAUCUUGUGUAAAUAUUACAAAUAAAAAAAUAUAUGUUAUUCAAGACAAGGAAAAGGGCUAAAUUAUGUUUUAAACCACAUAUAAUAUGACACAUAUAUGGUUCGUGCUGGAAACGGAAAGACUUGAAUUGAAAUUUGAUCCUCUGGUAUAAACUGAAUAAUAUAUUAUACAAAUACCUGUUCCAUGGUAAAAAUAAACACAUUCUGAAAGUUG